AUGCUCGGGAAGCUUUUCAACCUGACGGCCGGCAAUAAUGGCGACGACGCCACAGGUGCACAGGAUCAAAACUCAACGUCUCCCUCACAGCUGAUUUCAUCCCUCGAGUCCGUCCAGGAGGACAUACAUACCCGCAACUUGCUAUUCCCCGACGCCGAGUCUCUGUUCCAGCACCGCAACGAUCAGGUCUUCCCGCUCUCGGCUGGCCCGGCUCUUCCGCCGACCUCGGCAGCCGUCAACUCCUUUGACUAUGACUGUGACGUCUUUCUUGAUGCCCAAGAUGUCCGCGUCCUCAUCAUGCAGGAUGCUCUCAGUGCUAAGCCUGCCGCGCUGAUCUACGACAGCCGCCCGCGCCCACCAGCCACAAGUCCAGUGUCUGAUCGCCCAGAGAUGCCUCCUUCUGUGGCUGGGUUCGCCACCGGCCCACCACCAGAUGUACGACGCGGCCCCGUUUCCCCGAGGAAGUCCAGCAUGAGUCAGGGCUCCCGGCCUGCAAACAUGACCCAGGAUGGCUCGCAACCGCAGCAACGACAGAGCGCCUUUGAUAGGAGGGCGUCGAUGCAUGGCCGCACUCAGCCGCGUAUCGAAUCCGAUACGCAACGCGCGAAUCGCGAGUAUGCCGAUGAGAUCAACGUCUUCUCCAGUUGCAUCUUUGGAAACUCGGAGCUGAUGGCCUACAAAGGCACAUCCACCAAGGUCCACGUGGUUCCGACUGAUGGUCGCAGUGAGUCUUCCGGCUCCUUCUUCGGCGAUGGGAGGGGAUCCCUGGGUAGGGCCAGCAUGCGAUCUUCCAAGUUGUCGCAAUCUUUUUCAUCUGAAGCGGUGGGGGAUUUCAUGCCACAAAUGUCCUCGAGUGCGCUGCCUCGCACCCCACAACGGAAGAAGGUUCUCAUUACGCGGCUGUUCCCAGUGACCGUACCGAGCGACGAAGCCAGCGACCUUCCAAUAACAACGCCGAGCAGUCGAUUCUCGGAGGACAGCGCCGGAGGAUUCCCUUUUCCACAAGACGGCGAGGACGGCAAGGGGAAAAUGAAGAGACUGCAGCCGAAGCAGAAGCGUACGCCCAUGUAUGCCGUGGCUUUGGUUAUAAAUCUUCCCCAACCCACUGGUGGGAAUGGAAACGGCGUCUCGGUUUCGGCCUCCAGGCAGGGAGUUUUUCGAGGGUCGAGCUCAUACAACGAAAACGAAUCGUUUCCAUCUUCUUUCGGCUCCGCACGUCGCUCUGGCUGGACAAUGGUCGGGCCGGCUGCGGGGGUCGACUCUUUCGAAUCCGCAUACGUCGGCGACAUCGAGGACCGCAUCGACCCCAUAACGCAGCAUUGGGAUAUCAUCAUGCGGACCCUCACGCACCUCCAAUCCGUGGUAGCUACCAAGCUCUCCGGCAUGUUAAGACAGCAUGAUAUCGGAUCCCCUGAUCAAAUUCCGUCAUCCCUGAACUCGCAACUGUCACGACGACCGUCGGUCUCCCGGCGGAGGAGCGACGAUGGGGCGUCCACGAAAGCCCCGAAAAUGAACGCAAGGUAUCUGACUCUUCAUCCAAACUGCUUAAUGGAUAACCACGAAGUCAGGCGUGAGAUCGAGAUUGCGCAGGCCCGCAUCGUUGCUGGUCUGCGGGCCACGCGAGUCGUCACGGGGCAGAAUCGCUGGGGAAUCUGGCGCGAGGAGGCAAGAUGGGUGGCAAGGUGGGCUGGGGUCAAAGAUCAGGGACUCUUUUUCCACAGCCUCCUCACGGGGUAUCUUGCCACACAUACAGACUGGCUGCAGGCGCUUGGACCGUCUUUCCACCGAAAGCGGCACCAAGAACAGGCGAGGGCUCGCGGCGACGAAGACAUGUCCCUUCCGGCUCGCACCGUGAUUGUUGCCCGAGACAAGAUGGCCGCAAGGAGGCUGGUCUUCCUACUUGCUGCGUUCCUACCUGCCAAUCAGCAACUGCCCAUCAGCAUGCGUGCACAUCGACCGAGUACAUCGGCCUCUUUUGGUGGCCCCUUUUCGCAUUCUCCUCCAUCAUAUGCCGUUCCUAUCCUGAAGGAAGAGUCCCUCAGACGCAAGAUCAAUCGCCGUACAGCACCGAGGCGGUUGUCACAUUCGCGAACCGUCAGCCUACAAGCACAACCCGCAAACCGUGGCUCUGGCCUACCUGCUCAACUCGCCCAUCUGAGCAUGGAACGCGGACAUGAAAGGAGAUCUUCCGAUGCCAUCUCAAUCCGAACCACUCAUCUUCCAAUUUCAACCAGUGACAGCCAGAACCGGAAGAGCAGCGCUGCCACAGCCGCGACCAUCACACCGGAGGCUACGAUCCCUCACUUUGCUACUCUACAGAGACAGGAAUCCUUGUCUGGCCGACGACCAGGGAGUGCGAGCAGCACUGCCGCUGAUGACCUGAAGCGGACCUUGCAGAGGGGAGAUAGCAACCUUAGCACAAAUAGCGGAAGCAACAGCCCCGCAGCCAGCGAACCGCGAACUUCCUCGAGCACUUGGGGCGUCCUCACUGGCCUAUGGAAUGCCAGGCGUCGAGGAUCUCGCGGUUCUACUGACACAAGCCCACCCAAGAGGGACUCGAUCAACAGCAUCCUAAGCGGGCCACCAAUGUCGCCCACCAAGCCCACCCUUCGCAGCCAUCAGGAGCAGUUACGGAGCCCUGCGCGACUGACGGCGGAACCAAAGAUGUCGAGAGCUGCAGGCAUCACAUCGGCCCCAGACCUGGGACCCCGAGAGCAACGCGCAGAAGAGUCACCGGGACGCCGAAGGACAGAGUCUCCUUCGGCAAGAGAAAGCGGAUCCCGCUCGCCACGCCUCUCUCGUCUUACCACGCUGUCAGAUGAUGGAUCGGAGUCUCUACUCCCGCCCAGGAGAAGCGACACUUUCCAGAGAAUCCCGGACCCAUCGGGUGCCUUCGAGUCGCCGGUAAAAACCUCUAUAAACAUUAACGACGGGGUGAUAGAUGUUGAUGUCCAAUUCCCCGAGUACAUCACAUCUUUCGAAACUGCUAUUAGUUCACCCUCAAGCAGCGGCUAUCUCUCAACGCCCGGGGGCAGCGGGUUAGAGCUUUUUGAACAAACGAGCCGCAUCGCCGCCGACGGUGAUCAGCCAUUCAACGUUGCGGGUUGGCUUCAACAAUACCACCCGGACUUUAUACUGCAGGCCAUACCGCCACAAGAGGACUUGAUUGAGCAAGUCAAAGCGUCUCUCAGGGCGGAACCUUCGCCGCCAGUCCUGUAUGCACCAUAUCAUCUCAUGUCAACAGAAGCACAACAGGAACGGUGGCUUGAUGUUAGCAGCGUCAUUGUUGCAGACACUACAACCUUCUCCAUCCAAAGAAUUCGAUACCGACGUCUUGUCAAACUGAAGCCGUUUCAGGACCUCUCUGGUGGCGCCCUGCUUACCGCAUCAUCGGUCAACACCCAAAGCCCACCUGUUGCUCUGCUCACCCCGGCCGUCACCCCGUACGAGACCAAGUUGGAGGAAGAGUUCAUCGUAGAGCCCAUUGUCACUUUGAAUGACGUCUUGGUUGAGGCCGUCGAGCGGGUAGUCGGCCAUGUCGGCUUGGACUCGACAAGCUCCUCCCGCUCCACAAGCAAACGCCGUGAGCGGAGCAACAGCGACGCAGCAGGCUCGGGCGAGGCCACCUCUGCGGCCCGCCAUGUAGCCGUGCCGGUUGGCCGCACCCCCAAGACCUUGCAGGAGGUACCUCGUGCCGAAUGCAAGAUGGUUAUACUCUCAGCACUCGAGGAGGUGAUCAAGGAGGUAGUGGAGCGGCGUGACAGGGAACAUCGUGAGAUGGAAAGCGACGAGCAUCGUGAAAAGGAGAGCGAACUCACUGCCGCCGUCAGAGGCUGGUUGGAGAGUGUCGAGAUGGGAGAAUGA